UAUAACUUCCUGGAAGCCGAGUUCAUGAUCAGCCGUUGUUAUUUGAGUACCGCACACCUUAUACGGUGUUGCCUGAUAUAAAAUUCACAGACGUACACGUCAUUCAAAAUGGAUAUUGAAUAUCAUAUCAACUUUGAAUACUCUGGCACAUUUGUGAAAUAGAUGACGCUCCUUCGCGCCUCUGUUUAGAAAAUUCUCGUGAUAUUUCUCGUCUAAACAUGAGUGAGUUUUACUUGGAAGAUGGUAAUUGGGUGAAGAAUAUUUCAGGCUCGGGCGAUGAGAGACCGCGGGGAAGUCGUUUUAAGACAUGGAAACAGUUCUACAUCGGGCACAACGGACGAACAUGGCCUCGGUAUUGUUGUAUCGACCAGUGUAUGGAACGUGCUGAUGGUGGGGGUCACGUGAACAUUCAAGGAAGACGUGGUGCGUUUAUCGUACCCAUGUGCGACAGACUGCACAAUACUGCUCAAAAUAUGGAAUGGUUGCCAGUGAGGGAAGGCACCAUUGCAUUGCACGUGGACAAUCACGUGGAGGAGGCCCCAAUCAUAGAAGAUAACAGUAACUGGUGUGCGAUUUCCUGAUUUUGAUGAUACUGAAGAUAUAUCCACACAUUUUUUCCUUCUUGCGUCCGAUUAUAGCCUCGCUUUCAUCUAGAUACAUCUGGACGUUUUUUUGCAACCCGCCUUUGCUUAACUGAAUAUUUGAUCUAGUCCUGUGUGCUACACUGUUUGGGCUUUAUCGUGCAUGAAGAUGGAACAAUUUAUGUUAAGUAAAGACUAAUUUAUAUUUUUAUUCUGUCUAUAGUUGAUAAACUAACUGAUUUGACAGAAAGAUGUGAAUGAAAUUUAAAAUUUAAGCUAAUUUAUAGUAAAGUAGAAGCUAUAAUAUACUGAAAUAUAGGACAUAUUUAAUCUUUUUUGUGUCUUCGACACUAUGCAUGGAUGAUAUAAUGUAGGCAUGCAAUCUGCAAGACGGUGCCAGUUAUAAAUAAAGAGAAAUAGGAAGCUCCUUGCUUCAAUGCCGGAAAUUGGAAAGUUCCAAGACUUUUUUGGUCACAUUUGUGC